AUGCUGAUAAACGCCACCAAUGAUACAGGAGGCUUAGCCGUGGAAGACUUGUCACGCGACACUUUUGCAGUGGUGGACUUAGUGGAAGGAGGUCUUAUUUUAGUAAGUUGCAGGGCAAUACCUGAAAAGAUGCAAUUCUUGAAUUUACGAAUUGGACAGCUCUCUUUGUUUUUUGUUGAAACUGCGUUUCAUUGCUGCCUGUGUCUCUCCAUAAAUAGAUUUUUAGCAAUUUCAUAUCCGACGCUAUACAGACAAUUAUUCACAGAUAAGGUGACCGUUAUCACUAUCAUCUUCGUGUCGCUAAUCAGUGCUUUUUACUGGGCCAUUUAUUUUGUAGAAGGAUGCAAUUUUUAUUUUGAUCAUAAGUAUCGAGUUUGGUCGUUUGGAAGCGAUCCUUGCAGUGUCUUUCUCUCAUUCUACAUCGAUAUGGCGUACAACGUCUGCUUAUUCUUACUCGUUGGUAUAAUUGAUGUUGCAACUCUACUGCAGCUGAGAUCGACGACCAAGAGUUUUCUGUCACAUCUGCUACAGACAAAGAAAAAGCAAGUACAGGACACUAUAUUACGGAGACGCAGAAAGGAGAUACUAUUCUUUAUGCAGACUUUCAUGAACUCUCUUAUUUACGCCUUCAUGCUGGUAUGCUUUCAUUUGAUAUCACGUACGGUAUCAACAGACUUUCAAUUAUUUCUCUGCACAACUUUUAUCUGGGGGUUUUCUCAUGCUGCAGGAGGGCUCAUCGUCAUUGCUUUCAAUCCUCAAGUUCGACGACAUUUGCUCAACUUCCGAACUCUCAAAAAGUCACUGGAUGCUAUCUCAGCAGCGUCUACCGCGCGCCAACAUCCUACUACUAUCGCACCAGCUGCACGUCAAUACCCUACUACUUUAUUUUGAGUUCUUGAUGCAUUUUGUAUAAUAAGAGCAUAAACUUAC